AAGGGGGCAGAAGAAUAGACCCGAUUGCAAGAAAUAAAGCCCUAACCAUCUCCGAUUGGUACUCCGAGCAAUUGCAGCCAUGGCCGGAAGAGAAGUUCGAGAAUAUACAAAUCUCACCGAUCCUAAAGAUAAGAAAUGGGGUAAAGGUAAGGAUAAAAUUGAUGACGAAGAAAUCGCUUUCCACCGCAUGGUUUCCAAGGGAUCUUGGCAUUUCCUACUGGGUGAUUAAUAUGUUCAGAUGCAAGAUGUUACUGGGGAACGUGGAGGUUACCUUCAUGGAAGAGGCGCCCUGGACAGUGAUGACUUGCUCUAUCUUAAGGAACAGAUGGAAGCUGAGGAGGAUGCAGAACGUCUUCUGCGUCGUACUGAAAAACGUGCAUUCCAAGCAUUUAAGAAAGCUGUUGCUAACUCGUCACCUGCAUUACUUCCUCUGCCACUUCGUGUUGAGCCCAAACCCAAGAGUGGGAUCAGGCAACAAGAUUUACUAAAAAGAGUUGUAGAAGUCAAAUCCAAGAAGCCAAAAGUUUCUAACUCAUCCAAUGGGAACAAUUCCCCUGUACUUCCAAGUACACGGGCUAUGCCAAGUGGCAAGUCUGGUGCUGAUAAUGAGGAGAUAGAAACUUUGCCGGUCAGGUCAAAUGAAGCUGGUGAUAGAAAGAUAGAUAAUCCAGUAAAAAGCUUGCUUUCAGUAUAUGACAGUUCUGAUGAUGAUGAUGACUGAUUUUACAAGGAUUUAUCAUGUUUAUGAUGUUUAGUUUAGUGUUAGAAUUAAGAAUCAUCAGUUGCGGGUACAGUGUGCCCAAAAUGCAGUGUUUGAAUCACAAACAUCAUUAGUUGUUUUACUAUGCACAUUCUGAUCAAUGCGUCUGACUUGUUUGCUUUAA